CGCCCAACCCCUGAACUGAGGGUUCUGCAAUUUCGAGAGACUUCGAUAAUGGUUGCGCUGAGUGGGGCCCGACCCUGCCUGAUACGAGGAGUUUCACUUGCAAGCUCAGCAGCAGCAUUAUUGGGCAUGGGCCAAGGCACCAGGGACCAUUAGGUCGAUGAUUGCCUGUUCCUGGCUCCUGCAGUUGGCUCUCUCCACGGAUCGCUGGGGCUUUUAUAUUCGUUGUAAAUCACCCGUUCUUGAGAGUCGUCGCAUCAACUGCACAGCUCAGCUCGAUUGCCAGCAACACCACCAUGAAGUCGGUCAUCUACUCGCUGGCGGCUGUGCUGCCCUUGGUCCUUCCGACCCAAGCCGAUAACCUCUGGGAGCAGGUCAGCUGCUUCACCUCCGUUGGGAAUAUGGAGAACAUGGGGACCUUUGAGUUCCAAUCCGUCGACCACUGCAUCGCUCAAUGCGAUGAGGUGAACGGGGUUUUUGCCGCGGUGCAAGAGGAGUCGUGUUACUGCGGCACUGCUGCUCUCGACAUCCAGGACAUGGCCUUGGCCGACGACGACAGUGCUUGCAAUGCCUCGUGCCCCGGUUAUGCUGUUGAUACUUGUGGUGGGGAUGGCGUCUAUUCUCUCUGGGUUUCCCAAGAAUACGUCUUGAGCUUAGGUGACGACGACGACGAUGACGAUAAUGACAAUGACAAUGACAACAACGAAGACAACGAAGGCUAUGACUAUGAGGAUGGGGACGGUGGCUCCGAUGGCGAUGAGAACGAGGACGGGGAGGACUCCGACAGUGAUUAUUACAGUGGCUGGCACAACACAUCCACUGCCGUCGCUACCAUUACUCCUUCCUCAACAUCUGCGACAAAUCCUGUAUCGACGUCGGCCAGUGUCAGCAGUCUCGCUUCAUCAAUGACUGCUUCGACCACCCAAACCGCCACGGGCAGUGCUGCCAUCACCACUACUACUUCUACUUCGGGGGCCAGUCGGCGCUUCAGGAUUCUCUUCUUUUAAAGGUGCAGAAGGAUGACUAAAUUAGUUUCAAUAGUAUCAGUAGUCU